UGGUGGCGUGAGAUCUUAUUGUCACAUGGACAAAAGCAUUCUACUACUCCUUUUAGGGUGUUUCCAGGUUACACAUUUGCACAAGUGUCCAAGGACAGCAAGCCAUGUGGAGCUUCUUGUGGAGUGGAGUGAUUUUCCAAAGCGGGAGAAAGCACAGUGUUACUUAGUUGAUUAUCAUCUUUUGAAAAAUCCCAGAAACAUGAUUAUGCUGAAUGUUUCUACUGCAUCCAGAUGUUUUCGAGAUUCCAGCAUACAGAUUCCUGGACUAGAAGAAAAUGAAGAUUAUAGAAUUACUUUAAUGUCAAUGAGCCAUUCAGUCAUUUUAGGCCGGAAAUCCUUCCAUCUACGAUUGGUCUCUGGGACAAAAAUAAGAACAGAAGUAACAAGCACAAGUGCACUGUUUAAUUGGUCCAAACUAGACAGAAUAUUUUCUGUCAAAAUUAAACUUCAUAACUCAUCCUGGACAAUAUUGCCUGAUCAAACUAAUUUUCAGGUACAAGGUUUAAAACCUGGGACAUUGUACAGUUUCUCCAUGGAAUUUAAAACUUCUCUGCAAGACCUGGAAAUAAGUAUCACACAAAAGCUGAAUGUCUUCCUUGAAACAUCUUUAUGUCCACUAGACUGGAUGCCCUUUAGAAGUAGCUGCUACAAGAUUGGUAAAGACACCCAGAUUUGGAGUGCUGCACAAGAAGGGUGUGGCAGAGCAUUGCCAGGAUCACAUCUCGUGAACAUUGGAAUGGAAGAAGAACAUCAGUUUAUAUCUUCUUACCUUAGAUCUUUAAACCAUGUACUAAUGCUAUGGACGGGUCUCAAUGAUAAACAAGAGGAAGGUGUGCUGCAGUGGACAGAUGGAACUAUUUAUAAUCUGAAGAAUGUGAUGUCUGCUUCUUUGCCAAGCAAUGAGACAGACUGCUAUGCUAUGCAGAUGAAUGCAACUGGACCAAACUACUUCUUUACCGAAUUUUUUUGUUAUAUCCCUUUACCAUUCCUUUGUGAAUAUGAAUUUGCCUCAGUGCCUGAUGAUUUUCAACUUCAUGUGGAAGAUGUAAAAGAAUCAGAAGUCACCUUUUCUUGGUUUUCCUUGCAAAGAUGGCUGAAGGCUGAACAUUUUUCUGAAUAUUUUCUUCAGUAUCAUGCAGAACUGGUAGGCAAUAGACCAGUUAUGAGAAAGCUGCCAUCUAAUUCCACACGCUUUACCAUUUUGGGACUGUCACCUGGCAGCACAUAUGUAUUUGCUCUUAAAGUCGCACAUGCAGGAGGUGCAUCUCAAAUCAUCAGCCCAAUGCUUAGAGUUGAAACAAGACCUAAUCCACCACAAAAUGUGACUGUGAAGAAAAUAGGUUCAAAUAAAAUACCUCUGUACUGGACAGCACCUGACGCUUCACAGAAUGCAUCCUUCAGCUACUAUCUUAUUAAUUAUGUAGAUGGAGUAACCAACAUCAAAGAAACCUUAGUGGUGGAAAGCUACAAAACCUGUGCCUUAAUCAGUCAUAUCAAACCACAUAACCUUUACAGAAUAAGUAUUCAGUCUGUGACAGCCACUGGAGUGGGCAGCUGUGUGGACAAUCCAAUAACUAUAAUCACAGCUGUCAGCCCGCCAAAUAAAGUUUUUAUAAAUUUAGAAGAUGUGGGGGAAGAUUAUUUAACAGUGUACUGGGAUCCACCAGAAGAAGACCCAGAUGGAUAUUAUGUUCAUGUACGACAAGUAAUGGAUAAAACCCAACAUAAAGUCUAUUGGGUAAAUAAUUCAAACAAUAUUACACUUAGCAAGCUAAUUCCUGGCAUGACGUAUGAGGCAGGUGUUGUUGCAGUUAAAAAUGGAAACAGAAGUGAACUGAAGAUUGUCCAGCAAACGCUAAGGCCAAAAAUGGUUAAAAUUGUAGUUCCAUAUGAACUGAACUCACACUCAGUAGUACUUUAUGUUCAGAGACCUGCUGAAGGCAUUUUUGAUGGAAUUAAAGUUGCAUACCAUGGAGGCAGGAAUUGGAAAUUGAUUAGUAAAGGUGAUAGCAAGAUAACUAUUGACCAGCUGUCCCCUGGAAUGGAGUACAAUUUUACCGUUUACACAACAAGUUUAAACAUGACAAGUUCUGCAUAUCAGGUCCCACCUGUAAAAACAUGCUUAGCACCACCAACAAAUAUCAAAGAGGGCACUGUUUCUGAAACAACAGCAGAGAUUCUUUGGGACAGAGCAGAAGGCAUGUUUCAGAAUUAUGAAGUGAUCUGUCUCAACUGUGUGCCUAACUAUAUGGUUCAAAAGGUUGAACAAGAGAAAGCUGUCUUCAGCAGUCUUAUUCCUGGGAAGCUAUAUCAUUUUUCUAUAAGAACAGAAAAAGAAAAUUUUAAAGACAGCAUUCAGGUGUAUCACAAAGUACAGACAGUUCCAAGUCAAGUAAAAUUUGCAAAUCACAGUAAGAUCUCAAACACAAUUACAGUCUACUGGUCUGAAGCACAGAAUGUAUUUGAUGGCUACAUGGUCUCCAUAACCAAUGGAAGUUUUUAUCAGGAGAAAACAUUCUCAACAGGAAACCCUAGAACUCAUCGCUUUGGCUACCUUUUGCCAGGUAGCAGCUAUGUAAUAAAUAUUGUGACGACAAGUGGAAAUAAGAGAAGCAAGCCUACUGUAAUCAUCGCUACAACAUUUCCAGAUCCACCUCAAGAUAUAGAAUUUGUUGAGCUGGAUGAAACCUCCAUUUAUGUGUCCUGGAAGUCUCCACUGGGGAGAGUUGAUGCAUACAAGCUCCUUUACAAAUUGCCAGCCAACAACAAAACACUUUAUGUAACUAGAGUCACUGGAAACAGCACUCAAAUUAAAAACUUAUACCCUGGAAGUGACUAUAUGUUUGAAAUCCAGUCUUUAUCUGCAUCUGAAAGCAGCAUGGCAGUUUCAAAGUUGUUCACUGCACGCCCACCUGGAGUCUGUUCUCUGUCUGUUUCAUCUAUUACUACCUGUACUGCUGAAAUAAUCUGGAAAUCAAGUUCAGGAAUAUUUGACCAUUACAAAGUGACUGUUUCAAACUCUACUUUUUUAAGAGAAUUGACUGUUGCAAAACUGUGGCUUAAUUUUACAGCCAAUGAUCUUUCUCCUGGAUGUACGUAUAAUUUUACAGUAAGCAGAGUUCGUAAAAACAUUGAAGGAACAUCUGCAGUUGUAACAAUUGUUGCUGAUCCAGAGAAGCCACAAGAGCUGGAAGUUGUAAAUGUGACAUCAAAUAGUUUUUCAGUACACUGGAUAGCACCACCAGGACAUGUUGACAGAUACCAUGUGGUUGUCUCCCCUAGCAGAGGAGAUGUCAUUGUCAAGGAUCUUGGAAGCAAUAGAAUACAGGCUACUGUCACCAAUGCUGUUCCUGGACAGAAUUACACAAUUACAGUCUCUGCUGUUUCUUCAUCAUCGUUCAGUUCACAUGUUGUAAAAUAUGUGACAACUUAUGAGACACCUCCCAGUCAACCUUUAAAUGUUGAAGGAGAAGGAGUUGGAAGUACGGCUAUUUUGUUUUCUUGGACACCAUCACAGUUUUUAAAUGGCGAAAUAAUAUCCCACGUGAUUCACUUCAGGGAAGUUUGCCCAUGGCCUGAAACAUCUUUUAAAGAAGUUUUGUCCUAUUCUAGUAGUCCAGAAUAUCUACUAAGUAAUUUAAAUGCUGGAUCCACUUAUGAAAUCAAGGUAGCUGCACAAAAUAGUGCUGGUACUGGAAAUUUCAGCUAUCCUAUAUUCUUUAAAACAGAUGACUAUGCUCCUGGUCAAGUUUCCAAUCUAAUAGCAUUUACCUAUAAUCACACAACGGUAAAUGUGAAAUGGUUUUUACCAAAACGCCCAAAUGGACGUAUUACCAAAUUUGUGGUCAACACAAAACUGGCAAGAAGUGGACAACUGGUAAAAUCCAUUGAAAUUAGUGCAGAUGAAGUUUUGAAGGACGGUGUACCAGAAUGUUUUAAUAAUAGUGAAUUAUACUCAAGGACAAUAUUCAGCCCUAUAACAUCUACAUCAUCCCUGCCAGUGUCAGCCAUGCCUUUUGGAUUUGCCUGGAGUGUGCCAAUCAGUGUUGUUGUUGACCAACUGAAGCCCUAUACAUCCUAUGUUUUUGAAGUAUUUCCCCAUACUAAAGAUUAUGAAGGCCAAGUUUCAACUGCUUUGGUCCGCAUGCCAGAAUCUGUGCCUGAAGAUGCACCUCAGAACCCAGCCAAGGGAAACAUCACAUCUAAAUCGUUUUCAGUUUUCUGGGAUUCUCCAACAAUUGUGACUGGAAAAUUUAGCUAUAAAGUUGAACUAUAUGGCCCUUCAGGCCGUAUCUUUGAAAACAUAACAAGAGACUUAAGAUUUUCAUAUUUUGGUCUUACACCAUACACAAUGUAUACUGUGUUUGUUGGGGCAGAAACAGUUGCAGGACUUGGACCAAAGUCUAAUAUAUCUAUCUUCACACCAGCGGAAGCCCCAGGACCAGUGUCUGAUCUGAAAGCUAAAUCAGUUGGUUCUACAUCUGUAACACUUUCUUGGAAGACUCCACUUCAACAAAAUGGCAUCAUUAUACAAUACAAGAUUUUGGUGUUGAAGAUGAACCAAGGCACAGUUGUUCAGAAUAUUGUUAUCGCAAGAAAACAAAAGGAAGCAAAUGGGUCCAUGUUGCUAAGCGAUGGUAUGUUAACUGAACCUUUUGAAGGAUCUGCAGACACUUCACGACUGCCAGCAAACACAGUCACUUUGCCUGCAUCGCCUGCGGUUAGACUGGCUGCUCUUACUAACAAACUGAGUACAUCCUCUGAAGACAACAGCAAAAGCACACUUUCUGACAUUUCCCAAGUUCUACUAACUUCUCCAUUGCCACAGAGUUCCUUUCUUGUAACAAAUUCAAAGAAAGUGUCAACUAAUGAAAUGUUGUCACUUCCCUACACUGGAAAUGAUGCUGCUCAUCUUCUUCAAGGGAAUGGAGCUGAUACUGGUUAUUCAUAUACCUUGCCUGUACAACAGAGAGUUAAAAGAUCAGUAGUUUCAGUUGUAACCACAGAUGGGACAGUGUUCACCAGUCCUACUCAGCCACCACCUUCCUCUAGAGCUGCUAGUGCAUUUCCAAAUGUUAUUGAAGAAACCACAACCUUCCAGACAUCAGAUCUUUCUGUUGAAGAAAUGUCUUACAUUGUUACAAAUCUUCUUCCUUACACUGACUACACAUUUAAUGUUUCUGCCUCUACUGCUGUUGGUGAAGGACCUCAGGCUAGCAUUGCUGUUAAAACAAAAGAACAAGUUCCAGGAUCAGUUCAGGAUGUGACAUAUCAAAAUAUUACAUCAUCCUCUGUUUUGGUGUUCUGGAAGGCACCAUACAGACCUAAUGGUAGGAUUACUCACUACACUGUAUAUGGAAUGGAUCUGUUUACAAAUGAAGCCUUCCAAAAAACUACCAAUGAAACCAGCAUUAUUUUAUCAGGUCUAAAAAAGUAUGGUCUGUACAAGUUAAGGGUUGCUGCAUCAACAGCUGCUGGAGAAAGUUCACUUUCUGAGCAGGAUGAUAUGUUUGUAAGAACACUUGAAGAUGAGCCAGAGUCACCUCCUCAGAACAUCACAGUUAAAAAUGUUACUGCUACCUCUGCUAACUUACAUUGGUCACCUCCAGAUAAGCCUAAUGGAAUAAUACAGUAUUAUGAGGCAAUAUAUGUUAGCAAAACUGGCAUGUUUAAGCUAAAUACUUCAGGAACAAACAUUAUACUUCAGAACCUUAAACCAUACACUGUCUAUAAUUUUUCUGUAAAAGCAUAUACAAGAUAUGGGCAUGGGAACCAGUCAUCUUCAGUUUUUACGGUAUUGACUGAUGAAAGUGCUCCUGGCAGUCCACCGUUUAAUUUGACAUAUGAGGCCAUUAGUUCCACCAAGGUGGAAGUUUCAUGGAUAUCCCCUCUGCAUGCCAAUGGCAUUAUAUUAUCCUACACUAUACAAUAUUGGAAUGCAUCCCACUCUCUGAACCUUACCAGCAACAGUACACAAGUUAUUCUAUCCAACCUAAGGAAAUAUGCACGCUACCAGCUGACAGUAUCUGCUAACACAAAAUUUGGAAAUGGAAACCAGACAAGUGAUAUUUUAAAUAUAAUAACUAUGGAAGAUGUUCCUGAUGAUGCACCUCAUAAUCUAUCAUACAGUAAUCUAAGUUCUGCUUCACUUCAGCUCUGUUACUUACCACCUUUUUUCCCAAAUGGCAAGAUAGUGUUGUACACUAUUUGUUAUAUGGGUGCUAAUGGCAUUCGAGAAUAUAGAAACACAACAAAACAGUGUGUGGUCCUUAGGGAGCUCCAGAAAAACAGUGUCUACUCUUUAACUGUAACAGCCUACACAACCAAAGGGAAAGGCAGACAAUCCAGUGAAACUCUCUCCAUUCAUACAGAGGAAGAUGUGCCAGAUAGCGCCCCAGAAAAUAUCACAUUUAAAGUUCUGUCAUCGACAACAAUACAGAUUUUGUUUCUUCCACCAAGGCUCCCAAAUGGAAUCAUUAGAAAGUAUACAAUAUUUUUGACACCACAAAAUGAGACUGUGUUGCAAAUUGUAAACACAACAUUUUUAACAAAUAAUAUAACAGGUUUACGUAAAUAUACCAAUUACACAAUUCAGUUAUCAGCUUCCACAAGCAAAGGUGAAGGUGUCCGGAGUAAAAACAUCACUAUUUUGACUGGUGAAGACGUUCCAAGUUCUCCUCCACGUGCUCUCUCUGUUAAACAUAUGCCUGAUUCUGUUGUAAAAUUGUCAUGGAAACCACCUUUGCAUCCAAACGGAGAAAUAAAAUAUUAUACAAUUCAUGUAUGGAGUGAAACAAAAGAAAUAGUUCAAAAUGUUUCGAACAUGUCUGUAUUGCUGGAUGACCUAGAAAGCAACAGUGAAUAUCAUGCUUAUGUCACCUCAAGUACUAGACUUGGUGAUGGAGGAGUAAAGAGUGAAGCUGUAGUAUUCCACACAUCUGAAGGAGCACCAGCUGAUCCACCAGGAAACUUGUCUUACGUAAACAUCAGCUCCACAUCAAUAGAAGUGUUGUGGAUGCCUCCUUCCAAACCUAAUGGUAUCAUUCAGUUUUACACUGUUUACUACAGUAACAGCUCAGGAAAUAUUUACAGUCAGAAUGUCACAGAUAUUGACUUUGAAAACGUAAAUGAGAACCAAACCUAUUCCACUAUAAUUAAUGAUAUGAUGAAAUAUAGUUAUUAUAAUCUGUGGAUGACUGCUAGCACAGCCCUGGGUGAUGGUAAUCAGACAAGCACUAUCCUGGCUGUACACACAGAUGAAGAUGUUCCCGAAGAUUCAGUUCAGAAUCUGACACUUUUGUCCUGGUGUGCUCGUCGCAUUUCCCUUGCCUGGUUUCCUCCUUUAAAGCCAAAUGGCAUUAUAAUUAAAUACCAUCUUUCUGUUAAUAGCAAUCAGACUUUCAUUAUUCAGCCUUCUCAUACUUUCUUCAUUCUUCAUGACCUGACACCAUUUACAUGUUAUGAUGUUAAUAUUAGUGGUUUCACUGUCAAAGGAGAAGGGCCUGGACUCCACUUAUCAGUACUGACAGAUGAAGACAUUCCAGAUGAUACUGUACAGAAUCUCAUCUAUCAGAAUGUCUCUUCAACGGCAGUAAACAUUAGUUGGCUUCCACCAACUUCACCAAAUGGAAAAGUUUUUUACUUUGUUUCUCUAUGGAAACCAGGAAUGAGUACAUUUUUGAUGAAUUCUACCAGCACUAAAAUGCACAUAACAAUUGAAGAUCUAGAGAAGUACACAGACUAUAUUCUGAAGGUUACACCUGCAACUGGUGCUGGAUUCUUGGAAAACUCAACUGUAUCCUUACAGUUCAAAACAGAUGAAGAUGCCCCAGGUACACCACCAAAGUUCAUCAAAUAUAAAAACCUCACUGCAUCAUCUAUUGAACUCUUUUGGGAGCCACCUGAUCAAACCAAUGGAAUUAUAACAUCAUAUGAUAUAAACUUUCAAGGCCCAGCAAAAAGCCAUACUUUCAGUACUGCAAAUAUGAGCCAUGUACUGUUUAACUUGAUUCCUUACACUUUAUACAAUGUAUCAAUAUCUGCCCGAACAAGAAAAGGUAGUGGCCCACUUACUACACAGUUAGUGCACACUGACGAAACAGAACCAUCUGCACCCCCACAAAACUUAUCCGUGGUCAGUUACACAGCAGAGUCUGUUUGGUUAAAGUGGAAUCCAAGUCUAAAACCAAAUGGGUUUGUGCAGGUGUACAGUUUUGAAAUAUUUAACAAUCAGAGCCAACUGGUCUCAUAUCAGAAUUUCUCUGCACAGUUUACGGAAGCAAAUCUUACUGGAUUACAACCUUUUAGUCAAUACCAAAUCAGUGUCUCAGCAUUCACACGAGUUGGAAAUGGAAAUCUGUUCAGUAACACAGUCAGUUUUACAACAAAGCAAUCAGUUCCAGACAUUGUGCAGAAUUUGCUUUGCAGUGGUACUAGCUGGCAGUCAGUUCUGGUUCAAUGGGAUGCCCCUGCCAAGCCAAACGGAGUCAUCACCCAUUAUGUUGUACAAUUUGGAAGUGAAAUUAUGGAAUUUGAACCUACUGAUCGUGUUCACACCUUUAGAGAUCUUUUGGCUAAUUCAUCUUACACAUACUAUGUGAUGGCCUCUACUGUAGUUGGAAGAGGAAAAAGGUUAUCAUGUGUUGCUAAGACAUUGCAAGAAUCAGUCCCAAGCGCACCUCUGAAUGUAAAAGUAAAGACAAUUCAACCAACAAAUGUGACUUUAGGAUGGACCAGACCAGAACAAGUACCAGGCAAUUUGCUGAACUAUCAGAUUGUUGGGCAGAUGCUUUCUUUGCUUUGCAAUGACUGGAUAAGGAAAGAAUGUCUUGAAAAAGAAGUAAACCAGUUUGCAUACGGAGAUGGUAAUGAACUGGAAGCUACUGUGUACUCUUUAAUGAAAUUUAGAGACUAUAGAUUUACAGUCGCUGCAACAACAAGUGCUGGUUAUGGAAAUUCAUCAGAAUGGGUCUACACAAAAACGGAAGUAGGAGAUCCUGAUGAACCACCUGAGAAUGUGAUUGUGGUCUCCUCAUCCUUCAAUUCCAUUAAUAUUAGCUGGGAGCCCCCCAGGGUGAUUACAGGACCUACAUCCUAUCUCAUUGAUAUUUUUUCUCUGGACACCCAAGACUAUAAUGAAACAUUCACAAAAAAACCUGAAGAAGCCAGGCUUAUUUUUCUUUCUGACCUAACAGCAUUUACAAAAUAUGGUGUCAGAAUAACAGCCUAUACUGGAAAAGACCAUGAUGCAAGGAUUCAUGGAAAAGCCUGCCCUCUAGUCAUUGUCACAACAAUGGAAGAUAAACCUAAAGAUCCUCCAAAAAAUAUCAGUUUUCAGAAAUUACCAGAAGAUGUAACUAAAGUAUACAUUACCUUCUCACCUCCAUCUGAGCCCAAUGGAAAUAUUAUAAUGUAUCAGGCUACAGUUGAAAAAGAUGGCGAUUUUAGCACUCAGACUCAUAAUCUGCAAAUAGUUGAAAAUAAAAAUCAGUCACUGACUGCAGUCAUUGAAGGACUAAAAGGUGGAUAUACCUAUAGAAUAAGUGUUUAUGCAGUCAAUGGAGCUGGUUCCGGACCCAAGAUUCAUCUGAAUAUUACGACAGACAUUCAAGCACCUCCUCAACCAAAUAAAAAGCCAGAAGCCUUUGAACAAAAUGGAGCCUUGCUGAUUUCAUCCACCACAAUCACUAUCAAGAUGCCUCAGUGCUUCUUUAGUGAUGCUCAUGGACCAAUCAGACACAUCCAAGUUAUUGUCUCAGAGUCUGGAGUGAAGAAUGACAUCAAUAUAAGCACAUGGAAAGAAGCAUUUUUUAAGAAGCCAAGACCAUAUUUUACUAAUGAGGGUUUCCCAAACCCACAAUGCAGUAACGGCCGAAAGGAUCCUUUCUCAGAUGAAACAUACACAAUUGGUGCUGAAGAAUCUUGCAUGCUUCCAGAAAAUGAACAGGAAAUCUGCAAUGGGCCCUUAAAGCCAGGCAAACAAUAUGUAUUCAAAUUUAGGGCAACAAAUGUUAAAGGACAGUAUACUGACUCAGAAUUCUCAAAUCCAGUGAAAACUUUAGUGGAGGGCAUGUCUGACCAAGCUGUCGAGAUCACUCUGGCGGUAACUUUAUGUGUGCUAUCGAUUAUCCUUUUGGUGGCAGCAAUCUAUGCUUUUGCAAGAAUCCGACAAAAACAGAAAGAAGGUGGGACUUAUUCUCCUCGAGAUGCUGAAAUCAUCGACACCAAAUUCAAGCUUGACCAGCUGAUAACAGUGGCCGACCUCGAACUUAAGGAGGAGAAAUUAACUCGAUACUCAUCAUUUUUCUUUAGACGGAAGGAAAUAUUUGUCAUCCAGCUUCUCAGUUAUAGAAAAUCCCUCAAACCAGUGAACAAGAAGUCCUUCCUUCAGCAUCUCGAAGAGCUUUGUGCUAACAAUAAUUUUAAGUUUCAAGAAGAGUUUUCGGAACUUCCAAAGCUACUUCAGGACCUUGCAACUACUGAUGCAGAUCUACCAUGGAACCGAUCCAAGAAUCGCUUUACAAACAUUAAGCCAUAUAACAACAACAGAGUGAAGCUUAUGUCUGAACCUGGUGUUCCGGGAUCUGAUUACAUUAAUGCCAGUUAUGUGUCAGGCUAUCUCUGUCCAAAUGAAUUUAUUGCUACUCAGGGACCUUUGCCAGGUACAGUUGCUGAUUUCUGGAGAAUGAUUUGGGAGACAAGAACAAGAACGAUAGUAAUGUUGACACAGUGUUUUGAAAAAGGAAGGAUCAGAUGCCAUCAGUAUUGGCCUGAAGACAACAAGCCAGUAACAGUAUUUGGAGAUAUUGUGAUCACAAAACUCACAGAAAAUGUUCAACCAGACUGGGCAGUGCGAGACCUUAAGGUGGAAAGGCAUGGUGACUAUAUGGUUGUUCGCCAUUUUAACUUUACAUCCUGGCCAGAACACGGAGUUCCAGAAUCAAGCACAGCAAUAAUUCACUUUGUUAAAUUAAUUCGAGCUAUCAGAGCCCACGAGAACACAACAAUCGCAGUGCAUUGCAGUGCGGGUGUUGGCAGGACAGGUGUGUUUAUUGCUUUAGAUCAUCUACUUCAGCACGUGAGUGAUCAUGACUUUGUGGACAUUUAUGGGCUUGUAGCUGAGCUGCGCAGAGAACGAAUGUGCAUGGUGCAGAACCUGGCACAGUACAUGUUUUUGCACCAGUGUGCUUUAGACCUGUUGUCAAGUAAAGGAAAUAGUCAGUCUGUGUGGUUUGUUAAUUAUUCAGCCCUGGAGAAGAUGGACUCUUUAGAUGCCAUGGAAGGUGAUGUGGAGCUGGAAUGGGAAGAAACUACUAUGUGAAUAGUACUAUGAUUUAUAAGGACUAUUUUUUAUGAACUGGUCACACAUAGUAUUUCUUAAUUUUAGGUAGGAAAUCCCAGCAAAAAUUUAUCUCUUGAAAAUAUGGGGGCCAAAAGACAGUUCAUGACAGUUUUCCCAAUUCUGUGAACAUUGGUCCUGUUUUUUCAAACUGCAGGAUGGAGUUAAAAAUAUUAAACACUUUUGCACAUACUGUAUAGCUUUUAAUAUUUAUUUAUGUCAUUGUGGUAACUAUACGUUUUUGUGAAGUGUUACUUUCAGCCAAAUUGGAUUUAAAGGUAUGUUUUUUGGUUUGUGUACAGUAUAUUGUGGGAUAAUAUAUAAUGUGUUUUGCAAGUAUAUAUGAUAUAAAGGAAUUUUUUUGACUUUUAUCUGCACUAUUCAGAAUUCAUUUGACU